GAACCACAAGUCAAAACAAGCCGCAUUUCGCCUAUUCAGUAACUGCUGUUUAUUUAGAUAUUUUGUUAUAGAAUAUAAAUAAAAAUGCCCGAAAUGGAGAUAAAACGAAAAGGGGAAGAAUAUUCCGUGGUUCCAGCGAAAAAAACACGCCAUGAAAUAACAGUUGUCGGUACGAGAGAAAAGGCUGUAGUCACAUCCUCGGUGCCGAGAACAUCAAAUCUCUACGCACCCAUUAUGUUACUAGAAGGUCACCAAGGAGAAGUAUUCACAGCUAAGUUUCACCCUGAAGGAAAACAUUUGGCAUCUGCUGGUUUUGAUCGACAGAUAUUUCUUUGGAAUGUCUAUGGGCAAUGCGAUAAUGUUAUGGUGAUGAAAGGCCAUACGGGAGCUAUAAUGGAGCUAUGUUUUUCCCCCGACGGAGCCCAUUUGUACACGUGUGCGACGGACAACACCGUGGCCGUGUGGGAUGUACCCACUGGUAUCAGAAUUAAGAAAUUGAAGGGACAUGCUAGCUUUGUUAAUUCUGUAUCAGGAGCAAGACGAGGUCCAGAACUCCUAGUAUCAGCAUCGGAUGACAACACAAUAAAGUUAUGGGAUGCGAGGAAGAGGAACCCCGUAGCCUCGUUCGACAGUACAUACCCUGUCACAUCAGUGCUGUUCAAUGAUACAGCAGAGAAAAUUAUAUCCGGUGGCAUUGAUAAUGUGAUCAAAGUGUGGGAUAUCAGAAAUAAUCAGAUAUCAUACAAAAUAAAAGGACAUACAGAUACUGUGACUGGUAUGGCACUAUCAUACGACGGUUCAUACUUGCUAUCAAAUUCAAUGGACAACACACUGAGGAUAUGGGACGUGAGGCCGUUCGCACCGUCUGAGAGAUGCGUUAAAUUGAUGUCUGGCCACCAACAUAACUUUGAGAAGAAUUUACUGAGGUGUGCCUGGUCACCGGAUGGAUCUAAGGUGGCAGCGGGCUCCGCAGAUAGAUUCCUUUACAUCUGGGACACAACUUCCCGUCGUGUGCUAUACAAACUACCGGGACACAACGGCUCAGUCAACGACGUCCACUUCCACCGCUCAGAACCAAUUGUACUCUCAGCAUCUAGCGACAAACAGAUAUACUUAGGGGAAAUAGAUAAUUGAGAUAUUGUAAUUAGUUUUAAUUUUGUGAAUAAUAAAUAAAUAAAUAUUUGUAAUUUUUA